UCCGGUUCUGAGUUCUUUCCAUCGCACAUCUGCCGACUAAACGCUUAAGAUGUCACUGGCUAGUAAGAUUAAAGAAGAUGAUUACGUUAUUCUGCAGAAAGGAAAAAAUAUGCAGUUAGUACAAGUUCGGAAGAAAAGAAAAAUUCAUCUUGAUAGAAAGUUUUUUGACUUGGAUCCUGCAAUAGGAGAGAGUUAUGGGACAACGUGGGAGAUCACUAAAAGGACAAUCACAAAAGUGUACAGUCGUAAACUGUCGGUGGUCAAAGAAGAAAGUACAGGGUCAGACGCAGUUGGUGACAAUAGAAAUAUCGUUGAUGACAACACAGCACAGAAGUUAUCUCACAAUGAAAUAUUGGCACUCAAGAAAGAUGGUCUAAAAGGAGAGGAUCUAAUUGGACAGAUUGUGGAAAACAGUGCAACAUUCAAAGAAAAGAAUAUUUAUUCCCAAGCAAAAUAUAUCAAGAAGAAAAAAGACAAACAUAUACCAAUAUUCAAGAUACUGAAGCCCACUACAAGACUGUUAUGUGAAAUGUACUACACUAAAGCAUCACCCAAAAUAGUUUUUAUCCGAUACGACACAAUGGGUCAGAUAUUGACCUUUGGUAACAUACAUGCCAACAUGAAAGUAAUAGUGGUUGAAAGCUGCAUGGGCCUGCUUCUUGGGGCGGUAAUGGAUCGCAUGGGAGGAUAUGGAACAGUUGUACAGCUUUAUAUAGGUGAUAGUCCUUUACGAAUUGCCACUGAUGGCUAUAACUUCCCUAAAGAAUAUUACAAGACCCUACACAGUUUUCCACUGAACCAAGCAGGUAGCCUGAAACUCAAUACAGAAUCUGAACUCAAAGAAGAGUACAGUACAUCUCCAAAGAACACAGACUGUCAGUGUUCUGGAGAUGAGAAAGUUAAGAAACAAAGGACAGACUCACCAUCAAAUAUCUUUGAUGAUAAUUCACCAAGCAAUGAUGCAAUAGUCUUAGCAGAGAAAAAUGACGUUAUGGCUGCCAAAAACUCUUCUGGUGAUUUUGAUAAAAAAGAUACUCCGAAGAAAGUAGAGACUUCACCUAGCGUACAAGAUGAUGAUCUAAAAUGCUCCAAUAGUGAAGAUAAAUUUCCAAAUAAGGAUGCACUUAUUUUAGAUGAAAAAGAUGAGAGAAUGGAUGUCAACAAUUCUUGUGAUGAUUUAGUUGAAAAGAAUACUCCGGAAAAAUUAGAGACAUCACCUUUGGAUACGGAUGCGUCAAAAUGCUCCGAAAGUGAAAAUAAUUGCCCAAAGAUUUCUGAUAAAAAAAAUGGCGAUUCUCCGGCUUGCAUAGAUACGGAUGAUAAAGUUUUUCAGAAUGAUGGCAUCAUUGAAGAGGACAGUGCUGCUAAGGAUACAGAUGAUAAUGAUGCUGAGAGGGGAUUAGAAAAUAACCACUCCGGCAAAGGGAAGAGGAAGCGUGUACCGUACCCAGAAAGAGUAGCAAGAAAAGAGAAACGAAAACAAGAAUUAGAAGAUGCCAGAUUUGUGAUAGAGAGUGGACAUUUUGAUGCCGUUCUUAUAGCAUGUAAAUUUGAUCCUGCACCCAUUCUACUGAAGCUAUUGGAGUUCUUAUCACCAUCCAGACCAUUCAUUGUAUAUUGUACAUUGCAGCCUUUGUAUGAAUGUUUUGGGAAAAUACGGGAAUCCAAAGAGACUGUUAAUGUGAAAAUCACAGAAUCCUGGUUACGAGAAUACCAAGUUUUACCGAUGAGAACACAUCCUCUGAUGAAUAUGAGUGGCACAGGUGGCUAUAUUUUAACUGGCAUCAAAGUUAAUACCUAGAACUACAUACAACAUGUAUGAGAUGAACUGAUAUUGUCAAAUGAUGACAAUUUGUAUACUGAACUUUUGUACAAGAUAAUUCUCAUCCAUGAUUAAUAUUUUUUGUACACUUUGCACACCAAAGUCCACUUUUCUCACUUUUCUCAAAAUAAACAGACAUAAUUUCCCCCC